AAAACACUUGUCACAACAAUUAAAUCGCAGUCAGUCGCAUCCAGUAUUUUGGGCAGGGCGUUAUUUACAUUCCACUAAUAGUUUAAGUUCUAAUUUGUAUUUAAUUUCGAACCAGUAGUGCCUUACAAAAUGAAUCACCUGAAAUCAAUUCUCACCGUGUUAAUAUUCAUGGUUGCAUUCGAACGAAGUACUGCCAUUUGGUGCUACCGCUGUACAUCGGCCACACCCGGAUGCGGAGAGGACUUCAACUGGCGUGGAAUCGGUUUCCUGGGCGAUCCCUGCCCGGAGGAUGACGACAUCUGCGUCAAGGUGAUCGAGAAGAGAGGCGUGACGCAAACCAUUACCCGAGAAUGCCUAAGCACACUACGUGGCUUCCGAACGGACGUUCCUGCAGACAAAUACGAAGGCUGCCGUCCUGCAGCUAAGGACGAACAGUUAGCCCACUACGUCAACAAUUCCAUCAAACAGCUGGACGUCAAAAGGGACUACUUCCCGCAGACGACGUUCUGCUUUUGCUUCCUGGAUCACCGGUGCAACGGAGCGCCACGGUUAGGUGGUGUGUCUACGUGGCUCGGGUUGACGGUUGUGAUGGUAGUCGUUCAGCGAUUAGUACUAUAGGGAUAGAACUUGCCAUUCGGGUAAGGGAAGAAACCAUUCCGUCCAUUUUUUAUGCAAGAAACGAAUAAUAUUGAAUCGUAGCUAGAAACUCAACGAUGAUCGUUUAACGCUGUUCUGCGUUGUAUUAUUUCUAUUAGUUCAUAUUUUUUACGAUUAUGACAUUCCGAUCCAAACAGCAAAGCUCAUUGCUAGAAAACGAUAAUCAUUUUAUUUUAAGCGAAGUCUAAAUAAUAAAAUGUCAUAUUUUGAUAUUAUAAAAAUA